AUGUUUAACCGUCACUUCCUUUUCUCCACAAUAACCAUCUUCACAUUUGUCAGAGCUUCUAAUGGGAACAAAGAGUUGAUUGACCAGCUUGAGAAGUGGAAUUACAGAGAAGGAGCAGGGAAAGUAAAUAUCCUAGGAACUCGCAGCAUCACAGGGACAUUAGAGAAAUGGGGAAAUGAGAUCUUCAAUGAAGGGAAAGAUAUUCUCAUGUACCAGCCCCAAAUCCUCCUUCCAGAUUACACAGGUAUCCGAUCACUUUCUGAGGCACUCGAUGACCUUCUAAGAGAUGUUAAAUCUCUGAAAAAACGGAUUGGUGAAUUAAAUGAUCGUCUUGAUGGUAUCAAUAGGGCUUUCAUAAGAAAGAGACUGCGCAUGGCUCCUAGAAACCCUGCAACAAAUCCAAGAACUUUUCCACAACGGCAAAGAAAAACUUACUCACCCUCCUAACCGGCCUUUCUCUGUGAAGAGGAGAGUAUACAUCAGAAGAAGAGUGAAAGCCUAG